UUUUCUCCAGGGCUCGGGCAAUCUCCAUAUUUCGGGUUUUGAGAUCAGAUGAUGGGCAUGAAAAGUCUUCUUCCACUGCCAAAAAUGGCGAGGGGGUACUCUAGAGAAGUCACCACGAAACCCACCAUUUCUGGGUUCCCUUGCCCUGCAGAGAGCUUAAUUGCUUUAACAUUUUCGGGGGAAUUUGGGCAAAUUUGGGCCACAGCAUUAAUGGCCACUGUUCUUCUGAUCAUCAAAGCAAUUCCUUCUUCCUUCAAAGUGAAGCUUAGAGCUCCGGUCAAACCCAGUUCGUGAAUUCUAAGGCUUCUCCCCCUAGAAUCGUCCUAGCGGUGAAACAACAAUGGCUGAUUCGGGCAGGCUGCAGUUCUUCAAGGUGUUCCUCGAAACACAAAGCAAAAAUCGACUGAGGAUCCCUCCUGCUUACCACAAGCAUAUGGAAGGUGAGAAACGUCAAGUCUUUUGCUUGUUGGGUCCGAGUGGCGAUACAUGGCAAGUCAUUUUGGUAAAAGUACUAGAGAAAGACUCCAAUGAGUUGUACUUCAGGCAUGGAUGGGCGACCUUUGUGAAAGACCAUCUGAUUGAAAAUGGGGAUUUACUGCUUUUCCGAUAUAUUGGUGAGUCAAAUUUUAAUGUGGAGAUUUUCGGUUGCUCUGGCUGCCCCAAAGAAGCUUCAUUUCGUGUCAGGUGUUCUCAAGGUCGUAGAUCAUCUGCCCCGGCUAGAUGUUCCUUUAGUCAGAACCCAAAGUUCACUACGACCAUAAACGAGUCCAAUGAGCGUCUUGGUUACGUGGUUAUUAAUCGUGUUUUUUUUUCCAUGUGGCCGAACAUCCCUAUGCGUUUUGCUCGGUCAUACGGCCUUCUUCAAAAACAUUGUGCGACCCUUGUGGAUCCAUCGGGAGAGCAAUGGUUGGUGGAACUUAGGCUUCGGGCUCGCCCUCAUCAGUUGAACAUGUAUAGUGGGUGGCGUGAGUUUUCUAGCAGCAAUGAUAUCAAGAUUGGAGACACAUGCGUGUUCGAACUAUUGCAUGGUCCAGAGGACUCUCAGAGUUUUUCGAUGAUGGUUCAUAUUAAUGAACUUCCAUGAGUGUGUCUGGGAAUCACUCUGAUCGGAUUACCGAAUAUGAUUAUAUGAUCUCUUAUAUCCCUAGAACAGAAACUUGUAUCCCAGCUCUUUAUUAUGAUUUUUGUUUUCAUAGUUCAUGCAUAUCAAAUUGAUGACAUUAAGAAUUGCAGUUAUUAAUUAACGUGUUCUUCCUUAUAUCCA